CAGCAGAGGGUGUUGAGCAGGAGGAGGGCGCUGCUGGGGCCGGAGGAGGCGGUUCUUCCCGGCGUCGCUCCGGUCUCAGCGUCGUGUGCGGGGCAGGGGCACGAUGGCCUCCAUGGCUGCGGCGAUCGCCGCCUCCCGCACCGCGGUGCUGAACGGGAACCGGCCGCUGGACGAGCGGGAGCGCAAGCGCUUCAGCUACUUCUCCUCGCUGAGCCCGAUGGCGCGCAAGAUCAUGGCGGAGAAGGAGCGGAUCCGCGAGCGCUACGGGCCCGACUGGGAGCGGCUGCCGCCCCGCCAGCAGGACGAGAUCAUCGACAAGUGCCUGGUGGAGCCGCACAUCCAGGCCCGCUACGCGGCGCAUCGCGGGGCCGCCCGCGCCGCGCCCCCCGCCUGCUACCCCGGCCUGCGCCUCAACACCGGCCAGAAGGUGGUGCGCUUCGGGGACGAGGACAUAACUUGGCAAGAUGAACACUCGGCCCCUUUCUCUUGGGAAACCAAGAGUCAGAUGGAAUUCAGUGUUGCAUCUCUGUCUAUACAAGAACAAGGUUCACAAAAUGAACAGAGGCAACUAGUCAAAGCAGCUCCCAGUGUCCAGGCCCCCAAAUCUUCUCAGGGUAAUAAGGUACCUAGCUCCGAUGGGCUAAUGUCAGCAAGGAAGGAAGAAGAGUCAUCUUUCUGGAAGAUACAUGCAGAGCGCUCAAAGGUUGAAGGCGAACAGUCUGAGUUCCAGUCGUUGACCCCCAGCCAGAUCAAAUCCAUGGAGAAAGGAGAGAAGUCCCUUCCAGCAUAUUACAGGCAAGAGUCUGCUCCAAAAGAGACAACUAAAGCUGAGAAGUCCAGUAUAGCUAAACAAGAAAAGUUUGUCACCCCAAGCCUUCCUGCCACAUCCCUAGAAUGGGAGAAACCUCGACCCAGUCAGCCCUCCACUAGCACUCUAGAUGACAUCUUUCUUCCUGAACAACCGGAGCAACUUGCAUCUGCAGGAUCAAAAAAUGAAGAUGCCAGUGGAACGAUGCUUUCAGACCCACAGACAUUUGGACAGAUGGCCAUCCACCAUCGGUCUGUAAUCCCAAAGAUGUGUAUGCUAUGGGUGGCAGAGGAGACUUACAUGAGGUUGAGAAGGCAAACUGGAGUGUAAAUGUGAUUAAUACAAGCAAUGUUAUCUUGAAGACUGGCUUUGAUUUUCUAGACAACUGGUAAAGAUACUCCAAAAUAGUUCAGAGCAAUUUUUGGAAAGAAAAAGGGGCAUCUUUCUCUUUAUAUAUUAAGUUACUAGCAUCUGUGUUUUUUAAUAAAAAGUUUCAAACUCAGUGUUGGCUUUGUAUAAACAUUUUUAUAAGACCAGAUGCAAUUUUGUAUUUUAAAAUGAUCCAGUGAUAGAAGUGUGCUCUCAUUUUGGAUUUUUUUAAUGUCUGUUACAAGUUAAAUAGUUAUUGUAUUGGGGGGAAUAAUUUUCUACCAAUUUAUGUAUUAAGGACCAAAAAAACCCAAACCCCUAAUCAAAACCUCUAUAUUUAAAAAGUGAAUCUAUGAAGAACAGGUUUCUAUUUUCAGUAGCAACCUAGCCAGCAUGGCUCAAACAAUUCCAUAGGUCACUACAAAAAUCAAAAUGUGGUAUUACUCUAAAUAAGCUACCAAAACAACAGUCAUGCCUCCUUCAGGUAACUGUAUAAUGAAAAAAGGCAUGGAAAAAUAAGCAUAUUAAAAAUUGUAUUAACUUUGUAUAUUUAGUUUGUCAGUAAUUUCUCUACCACUAGUUUUUGAGAGGGGGCAAGGGUUUUGCCACAAGAAUUGGUCUAAAGUAGCAGUGCAGCUGUACUCAAGAAGUGGAAUAAAGUCUGUUUUGGGGGAAAUAUUUGUAAAACAUAAGGGAAUAUUGCUUGUUUUGGGUUAUAAAGUAAAAAAAAAACAAUCUUCAGGGAAAUGCAAACCUACAAAGGCCACUGCUUCCCUUGGUACGGUACAUAACUGCUAGCAGAAAUGCUGGAAUAAAACACCAGUAUCUCCAGGAGUAGAGACUACCACCUAAGUUUGUUACAGUAAACUGAUAUAAUUUGUGGCAAAGCAGAGCAAUAAGGCUGUUUGUACCCUUUUAAAACAGGCAUUCCUCUGGAGGACAAAUCAAUCUUGUUUCUGGUGCUCUUUUCCCUUGUGGAUACGUUCUCCGUGAUGUCCAACACUCAGAUGAUGUUUGCUCCUAAGAUAGAAAUAGAAUUGGGGUGGGGGGGAGAUGGGGCACUUGGAAAGCUGGUUUCCCAUUCUGUUUUUGAAUGAUCCUUAGCUGGUGUUCAGUAUAGAAAACUGAGACUAUAGCUGUCAUUUGAACUGCCAUCUCUGAAAUGCAGCAUGAUUUACACACUGACUCCAACUGUGUUUACCUUGCCUUGAAGCCUUAAUUCCCCUUACGCACAACCAGUGAAUGGUCUCUUUGAUGCCGAAGGCUUAUGACCUUUCACUUUUACCUCAGUAAGUGGUUCCCAGAAUGUUUGUUUGCGAUAGCUGGCAAAAACGUGACUCAUUUUAUUUAGAGUCCAUGCCAAAGCUAUAUGAAGGCCAAUUGAUGGGUAGUCUCUACCAGCUAGAUUAUAAUUCCUCUAGGUCUCCCUUGGGAUGACAUUUGACAGUUUGUAAUCUUUAACAGUGGCAGUUACACUGUGAAAUGUGCUGGUUCUUUCUGGGGAAUGUUGUCCUAUAUGAUCUAAGUCUGUUUAGGUACUGGAAGAGUUGGAAUUUUUUUUAGUCUACAGAUUGAUGCAGUCCUGUAUUGCUUGCUUUGUAGACAGACAUAGGCUGGUAUCAACAGCAGUAAAAAGAUAUUCAGUAGAGCCUAAUGGAAUACUAAUUUCAAAAUCUAGCCUCGUUCAAAACAAAAAUACCCACUUCUAGUAAUAAAAUGAACUUAAGCUGAAACCUCAUUCAAGUUUGUUUAAAUGCUAAAUUGCCACACAUACUUAGGUUAAGUGUAUUUAGUAGCAUAGCCUUAUAAUAUUUUAGAAUUUUCUUUCUUUCAUUCCUCCUUGAUAUGUACCCCUUUCCCCCCCACCCCCACCCCCAAAAAAAGCUAUAAAAUGGGUCUUGUAUUAGUACUCUGCAGUUCAGGAGAAAACUUGAGAAGUUUGCUCCUUUUAUUUUUGCCAGAUUUCUAUGAGCCUGGAUAUUUACAACUUUUGCUGUUCAGUUUAAUGUUUCUAAAUGACUCUUGUUGGAGCCGUUACACUCAUCUGGCAUUAAAAUUAUAACUUGAGCACAAAUUCUACCGAUGUAGUAAAUGGUGCAGAUUUGUACUUUUUUUUUUUGUAGACUAAGUCCUUGGAAAAAAUUUUUAAACUGAUGAAUGACACUAACAUGCAUUUCACAGGUACUAAUAGAACUUCAGGUCUAAGUGCUUUCUAUUCGUUGGAAUAUUUGGCUACACAAUAAAUGCUUUAAAUCCAAGCAGGAGGCAUAAACUUUAACUUUACUUCAAUAGUUGUAGCUCCUUAAGAAAUUUUCCACAAUGUUGGGAGGAGCAUUCUUAUACAUCUCUGCUAAAAAGACUAAAAAUGUAUAAUCUGCUUUGAUCUGUGCUCUUUCUUUCCUUCCUCCUUUGGUGUAGUGCAUAUUGUACACUUUGGGACUAGCUGGUAGAACAUGCUGCAAAAAAUUUGCUCAUCACAAUAGGUUUUUCCUUGCUGUGCUCUGAUGAGAGUUAGUGCUCCUCCCUUUCUUUGAUAUGUUUUUUUUAUUAAAAAUUCUUACAGAAAAAUUGUACUUGGUCACAUUUUCUAUUAAUAAACCUUUAAUAAAUCCACUUUAAACAA